CACAACAUGGCGGCAAGGAAGCAUUGACAGACAAAUUCGCAAGUCGGGGUAAUGCUUACAGAUGGGAUUUACACUUCGUCCCUCGCUCCUGGUUGAAAGAUGGAACUCUUCCAAGCUCAGGACAACUUCAUCAUUCUAAAUGGACCGGAUAGUUUGUGGUGUAACAGGCUCGACGGCCGCCUUCAACCGCGCUUUGGAGUCGAUUUGGGUGAAGCUUGGUCAUUGAAAUGCCGUGGAAUUGUGUAUGGAGUCAUCGGCAAAAUACAAUUUUUCCCAGGUGCUGAUUGGAGACUGAUAGUAAUAUCAAAGCAAACACGUGUUGGUAACUUACCAGGAGAUCAUGAAGUCUACAGAAUUGACAGGAUAGCGGUAUUGACAUUGUCUUCCAGUGAAUCGCCAGAAUUUGAUCUUGAUCCUUGUGAACAACAUCAAAAUGGUGGCCGGGCUCGGAAAAUUAUGGGUGUUGGAGGAGGACUGGCUGGAACAGAAAAAGGACUGGGACAAACGUGGAACAAACUGAAAACUGCAGCUUCCACUUUGAAAGAAAAGAACAUCAAAGACAGGGACCUGAAAGACAAAGAGAAGUUAGAAAGAAGAUUUGUUGAGGAGCUGCAGAAGAUGUUUAAUGACUCUGAUUCCUUUUAUUACUCACCAACGGGAGACCUGACCAACACCCUGCAGAGACAGUUUAGUGGAAAAUACAGUGCAGCUGAUCCAGUUUGGAAGAGGUGUGACAAGAGGUUUUUCUGGAACCACUUUAUGGUCAAAGAGCUGUUGACCAGUGAGGAUCCUCUUGCUAGCAAGUGGGCCACCCCUAUAAUUCAAGGCUACUGUAAAAUAGAGCACUGCAUCAACACUUUCCAAGAGGAGGAUGCAGACGAAAAUGCUGAGAAGAAAGUGGCGCCUUUCCCACCAGAGGAGUUCAAGCUGGUUGUUUUAUCCAGGAGGAGUAUUCAUCGAGCUGGGACUCGUUACAGGAGGCGUGGUGUGGAUGAUAACGGAGAUGUGGCAAAUUUUGUUGAAACAGAGCAGAUAAUUUGCACUUCAACCCACAAUGUUUCGUUUGCGCAAGUCAGAGGCUCUGUUCCAGUGUACUGGAGUCAACCUGGGUACAAAUACCGACCACCACCAAGAUUAGACAGAGAUGAAGCGGAGACUCAGUUUGCCUUUAGAAAGCAUUUUGAUCAUCAAUUGGAACUUUACAAAACUGUGGCGGUUAUUAAUUUAGUGGAUCAAUCAGGAAGGGAAAAGAUAAUAAGUGAUGUCUUCAUGGACAAUAUCCUGGCCUACAACAGUCCUUUCCUCACCUACAUUACUUUUGAUUUUCAUGAGUAUUGUCGUGGAAUGAGAUUUGAGAACGUGUCAGUGUUGGUGGAAAGUAUUCCUGACGUUAUCAAGGAAGUGAGAUACUGGUGGACUGAUGAUAAAGGAAUUAUUUGUGACCAGAGAGGUGUGUUUCGAGUCAACUGCAUGGACUGUCUAGACCGGACGAAUGUUGUGCAAGCAGCUUUAGCGCGGUACAUCAUGGAACAACAGCUGAAAAAGUUGGGCAAACAGCUUCCAGACCAAAUCCUACCUUCGUCUAUAAGGACAGCUUUUCAGGAGAUGUGGGCUAGUAAUGGCGAUGCAAUCAGUCGACAAUACGCUGGCACUGCGGCAAUGAAGGGAGACUUCACAAGGACGGGUGAGAGAAGGUUUACUGGUGUUAUGAAAGAUGGUUACAACUCUGCUAACAGAUACUACCUGAACAGAUUUAAGGCGGCUUAUAGGCAGACGUUAAUUGAUGUAAUGUUAGGAAACCCAGUCACAGAGGACAUUGCAGCUUUAAUUGCGGCCAUGAAUAAAGGCCCUGAAGAGGAGCAGUGGACAAUGGAGAGGGAGGAGUGUGUUGCACAGUUGAUACAGCACUGUAACCAGUUACUUCUGGCUGAUGAAGAGGAAUAUAUAGGUGGCUGGGCUUUGGUUGAUCCUUUCUAUAGCACGGAUGGUGAAGUCACGCAAGAUCAGGAUGUCGUUCUUUUACUUACUUACCACGCUUAUUACGUAGCUAGCUAUGACGAUGAAGCCGAGAGAAUAACACAGUAUGAACGCAUUGCCCUCGACGACUUGGAGAAGAUCGAGAUUGGGUUCGAAACAACUGUUAAGUCCAAACACCUUUUCAUUCGGAUACAUCGGCGGUAUCAGGGUAACUCAGGUUACUUCCACACCCUUCGGACCAUACAACAUCGUACAGCGGAAGACGCCCGAAGUGUUUUACUUAGUAUUGCGGACGCAUUUGCCGCGGCAAGAGCAUCGUUAGAUCUGGGAUUAAAAGUUACAGAGUGCCGACUGGACAGGAAAAAGACCAAGAUUGCACCCAAUGUGACUCAAAUUUCGUCCAAGUCUCGUUUAAGCACCUGGUCCAAACCAUACAUGAAGGUGAGAAGUAAAUCAUUUGUUCACGACAACAAAGACGACUUUUCCCUCGCUUCCAUUCGCCGUACCAGACUUGGAAGUCUACCCACAUCAUUCUCGGACUCUUGUCUCGCUAAGAGAGGUCUGAAUGACGAGGAAGUGUUUGACAUUUCUUGUGCCAGUGCACCGCAGAGCUGUUCUAGCGGCUCGGGGAGUGAGGAUGAGGAUAAAGUGUCCGGAGAAACUGACCCCAUGGAUUACUAUGACCCAGAGGCUGCUGGCUCCUCUCAGAAGGAAGUUGCUGAAGACGUCGAAGUAUCGUCCAAAGGGAAAAGAUCUGAAACAGAGGACUUAAAUGAUGAGGAAAAAUCCUCAUCGGAAGCUACGUUUGUUAUAGGUGACGACGACACAAUGAACGAGGAAGAAGCACAGAAUGGUGUGAAACCAGAUAGUCAACGUGAGGAAGGAGGAGGCAACUCCACAGAGAGUCCUUCAGCUAGAUUUGACGUUACCGUUGAGGAGGGAGCGAAAAGUGAGGGGUGUCACCCGGUAGAUGUGGAAGGAAAUGACUCAAUUGGUUUUAAAAGAGAAGAGAUGAUCGGUGGGAACGAUCAGUUUGAUCCAAUUGCAAAACAUGAAAUAACGAACGGUCAUGUAUCACAAGCUGAAGAUGAAGAGAAUGACGAUGCUAAUGCAUCAGGAAUGAUAACCGGAGGAAGUCAUUAUUUGCAGGAGAAGGACCAAUUGAUUCUAAAUGAGCCAAGCAAACCAACAAAGGAAUCUGGAGAUAAAAAAGAAGAAACUGUUGAGCAUGUCAACAGCUCCGAGAAAAGCGUCACUGGGCGAGAAGAUGUAUCUCAAUUGAAACAGGCUAAUGGAGAAGUCCAAGCGGAAAGGUGCGAAGCCAGUAUCGAAGGUCUCCAAGUAAGCUACCACGGCUCGGGGUCUCCGUUAAAAUUCGGCCAUAGCCAUUCGAGUGUGGAGUUGGGGAGGAUGGCGUCCACUGAUGGAGAAAGUAACAGCGAAAAGAGCCCGGAACGAAGGCGCAUCGGGGCUCGGUUUCGAAAUAUCUCAGUGGGAAACCGCGUUCCAAAAAUGAACAUUUUCGCCACUGCGCAGGCACGAGGGCGGACUCUAAUUCCUGAGCUGCGGAACAAGUUGUCGUCAUUUUCUCAGCAGGUUCGUUCACGGUCACCGCGGCUGAAUCCCAGGCCUCGACAGAGCUCAGAAAAUGAAUCGAAUGGUCAUCAAAAACAAACGAGAAAGAAAUGUCGCACUAGAAUUAUUGAAUUAUGAUGUCAAGCGUUGCUGGUAUUGGGCAUAUUGAAUUGAUAGUUUUCCUGAUAUUCACUUCAAAACGGAGUUGAGAUAACAAAUCGUGAGAUCUCGAUUAAAUACUCAAAUUUUUAAUUGCAAUUAAGUUGACCACAUUUACGAUAAUUUUAUCAUGAAAAUAGCUAAGAUAUUGUGCAAAAACAGUGCUUUUCAAUUGCUACAGUGUUUUUUUUUUUUUUU